UUCUACACAAUGGAGUUGACAUCUUAAUUUAAUACCAGGGUUUGUGUGAUUCUGAUUCACCUGCUAUAGUUCAUGAAGCUUGAAUCUAAGGAGUACAGGGUCUUUUGCGAUGACAAUAUGACUAAUAGUAAAGGAAGAUUGAUUACCAGUAAAACAAGUGAUGGUCCAAAUAGUGGGGGAGGUUUUGUAGAUUGGACUUUAAAUUUAAAUACAAUUCAGUCUGAUAAGUUUUUAAACUUAUUGUUGAGUAUGGUUCCAGUCAUUUACCAGAAAAAUCCAGAAGACAGGCACAAAAAACCAAACAGCAUUUGGCAAGAUGGGUUAUCAGCUGCAGCACAGACCUAUAGUAAUAGAUCUGAUCAGCACAUGGAGUAUCAUGGUUUCCCAGAACAGUCUUUUCAUGGCAACAGUGGGCAUGCACCAUCAAGCUGCAGCCAACAGUAUGACGACUAUGCCAACUAUAAUUAUUGUGAUGGAAGGGAGGCUUCAGAAACUACUGCCAUGUUACAAAAUGAAGAUAAUUCUAGUGAUGUUGGUGAGGAUACCAUUGUGGAAAUGAACCAGAAGUUACCAAAGGAAUCCAGUGGAGUUAUGGCAUUGCAAAUACUUGUACCAUUUUUGCUAGCUGGCUUUGGAACAGUUUCGGCUGGCAUGGUUUUGGAUAUAGUACAGCACUGGGAGGUAUUCAAAAAAGUAACAGAAGUCUUCAUUUUAGUUCCUGCACUUCUUGGUCUCAAAGGGAACUUGGAAAUGACUUUGGCAUCCAGAUUAUCCACUGCCGUAAAUAUUGGGAAGAUGGAUUCACCUAUUGAAAAGUGGAACCUAAUAAUUGGCAACUUGGCCUUAAAGCAGGUUCAAGCAACAGUCGUUGGUUUUCUAGCAGCCGUGGCGGCAAUUGUAUUGGGCUGGAUUCCAGAGGGAAAAUACUACCUUGAUCAUUCCAUACUUCUGUGCUCUAGCAGUGUAGCCACUGCCUUCAUUGCGUCUCUUCUGCAGGGAAUAAUAAUGGUUGGGGUUAUUGUUGGUUCGAAGAAGACUGGUAUAAAUCCUGAUAAUGUUGCUACACCCAUUGCUGCUAGUUUUGGCGACCUCAUAACCCUUGCCAUAUUAGCUUGGAUAAGUCAGGGUUUGUACUCCUGUCUUGAGACCUAUUACUACAUUUCUCCAUUAGUUGGUGUCUUUUUCUUGGCUCUAACUCCUAUCUGGAUUAUAAUAGCUGCCAAACAUCCAGCCACAAGGACAGUUCUCCACUCAGGCUGGGAGCCUGUCAUAACAGCUAUGAUCAUAAGUAGCAUUGGUGGCCUUAUUCUGGAUACAACUGUAUCUGACCCCAACUUGGUUGGGAUUGUUGUUUACACACCAGUUAUUAAUGGUAUUGGUGGCAAUUUGGUGGCCAUUCAGGCUAGCAGGAUUUCUACCUACCUCCAUUUACACAGCAUUCCAGGAGAACUGCCUGAUGAGCCCAAAGGUGGUUACUACCCGUUUAGAACUUUCUUUGGUCCAGGAGUAAAUAAUAAGUCUGCCCAAGUUCUGCUGCUUUUAGUGAUUCCUGGACAUUUAAUUUUCCUCUACACUAUUCAUUUGAUGAAAAGUGGUCAUACUUCUUUAACGGUAAUCUUCAUAAUAGUAUUCUUAUUUGCUGCUGUGCUGCAGGUGUUUACCUUGCUGUGGAUUGCUGACUGGAUGGUCCAUCACUUCUGGAGGAAAGGAAAGGACCCAGAUAGUUUCUCCAUCCCCUAUCUGACAGCAUUGGGGGAUUUGCUUGGGACAGCUUUGUUAGCCUUGAGUUUUCAUUUUCUUUGGCUUAUUGGAGAUCGCGAUGGAGAUGUUGGAGACUGAUGAAUCCUACAGACUGCUCAGAAGUGACCAAGGAGCAAACAGAGGACAGCCACUUGUAGUUCUUUUUAAAAAAUCUUAAAUCAGGGUAAUUUUCACUUGGCCCUGAUUCAACUAAAUGGCCUUAACUCUUUUUAAAGGAAUUUGUGUUGAGACCAGGUUGAAGACUAUUUGUGCUGCUUUUCAUAGAAUAAAUGAUAAUUUGACAUUGA